UUUUAAGAAAUCAAUUCAACCUAGUCGAGUAAUGGUUUUUCUCUUUUUUAGAUUUAAAAAUCUCAUGUAUUUUUAGCAAAUUAUUCCGGAGUUUCAUCCUCACUUGCCCCUCAUUCCCAUCUCUAUUUACCAUUACUAUCAAUGUCUUCUUUGUCCACCAUGAGAGUCACCAUCUCCACCAUGAAAACCCCUCUUUCUCACCAAAUCCUAACCCUAGUCCGCAACCAAUUUCCUUCCCAUAAUCAACUCCGCUACUUCGCCAAAUAUGUUCCCUACAAACCACCCCCAAAGCCCAAAAUCCACCAAAAUCUCAGAGCAAUCAAAACCCUAAAAUCCCAUCUCAGGGAUUCUUACUUCAUCGCACCUUUUCCCUGCCAUGGCUUUUCUGCCAACAAAUUCAAACCCUUAAAAUCUGCCCUUUCUUCCGACCCAUCUGCAGCUAAGCUUGUUUUUGUCAAAAACUCUCUUGUUUCUAAGGCCCUUUCUGGGACCCAAUUUGAACCGUUGGGAAGUUGUAUGAAAGGGAUGAACUCUCUCCUUUUUGUUAAGAAAGAAGAUGCUGUGGGACCUGUUAUGGGAAGUGUCAAAAAUGCUGUUAAAGAUAGUAAAUUAGAGUUCAAUGAUUUUCCUGGUGCUGUUGUUGGUGGUCAACUUUAUGGGCAUUUGGAUUUAGAGGUUUUUCAAAAUACUCCAUCUAAAGUAGAGGCUUAUGGGAUGCUUCUCGGUUCGCUUUUCGGACCUUCUUCGACAUUGAUGGCGAUCUUGGAAGGGUUUUGUGUUGAUGAUUCCAACAAUGUAGAUGGUUCUGAUGGUGUUGCUGAGGGUGCGACUGAGAGCAAGAAAGAUGUGAGUGAGGAUUUUGCUCAGUGAUAUUGCUAUUAUUCAUUGAGAGGGAAUUUCGCUUGUAACAAACGCUUAAAUAAUUGGAGCAAACUUUUGGUGAGCAGGAUCUACAAUUGGCAAUGCUGUUCAAUGGAUCCUAAGUUACCGGAGAAGAUGGACUUGUAUGGAAACAAAUAUUUUUUUCAUUUGUUUGGGUUUUCAAUUCUCUUUUCUCAGAUAAAUGGGUUUGAUAUAAAAUUAGUUGGCUUAACCCUUGUACCAACAGAUAGCUCUUACAUAGUUUUAGGAUUCAUAUUUUUGGCUUAAA